AUGGAUUUAGAACCUCAAGCUAUAGAAAAACCUCCACUUAGACGUUCUCAAAGGACUAGAAAUCCUACAUAUGGUGCCAAUAGUCCAUUUCUGGUUUAUUUACAGGAACAAGAUGCUUUAGUAGAAGAUGAUGAUCUCUUGAGCUACAAGCGAGCUCAACAUAGCAGUGAUUUUAGUAAAUGGGAACAAGCCAUGCUGGAAGAGAUAAUUUUUAUGUCUAAGAACAAAGUGCGGGAUUUAGUUGAACAUGAAAGUUUUAUAGGCUGCAAGUGGGUGUUUAAGACUAAAAGGGAUGCUAAUGACUAUUUUAGAAUAAUGGCUCUUGUAGCUCAUUAUAAUAUGGAAUUACAUCAAAUGGAUUUAAACACUGCAUUUUUAAAUGGAGAAUUAGAUGAGACUAUCUAUAUGAAGCAGCCUGAAGCUAGUAGCAGUGUUCAAUUAUUGAAAGAGACUAAGUCUAGUCUGUCGAGUAAUUUUGACAUGAAAGAUUUAGGUGAAGCUUCCUUCGUUUUAGAAAUUGAAAUUAAGAGAGAUAGGAAAUUAGGAGUUUUAGGUCAUUCUCAGCACAAUUACAUUAAGAAGGUGUUGAAGAGAUUUAACAUGGAGACAUGUGCUCCAUGUGAUGCUCCUAUGAGCAAAGGAGACAAAUUGUCUAAAAUUUCUAAAAAUGGGGGGAAGAUGACAUCAAUGGAUAGCAAACCUUAUGCCAAUCCUAUAGGUAGCCUUAGCCCUUAUUUGGAAUUUUGUCCAGGUUUUAGUCUAAACCAACGCAAGAGCAUUGGGUUGCAGGGAAUUUUCCAAAUCCUAAGAAAUCCACUUCAAGUUAUGUUUUUAUGCUUGCUAAUUGAGCUAAUAGCAUGGAAAACCAUGAAACAAAGCUUGAUUAUUACUUCUACUUUGCAGAAUGCAUUUAAGGUUAGCUGCAGUAAAUACAACAAGAGAUCUAAUAAUUCUAAACAUAUAGCUUUAAAAUAUUAUAGUGUGAAACAAUUAAUUAAGAAGAAGCAAGUUGAGGUGCUUGAUAUAGAUACAGAUAUAUAUGCAGUUGGCUGA